GGACAGAAUAAGAAGGGAUGGGAAAAAGGCAAGUAUUCUGUAAAUGGAUAAUGUCUGACUAAGAGGAGGGUUCAGAGCAGUCACUGUGGUUGGUUUGUUGACUCAUUGUACGCGAAUGUUGCUUCACUGUAUUUCUGUCUUGCCUCGAGGUAUAAAUGAAACAACAACAAACAGAGGUUGUGAGGCAAUAAGACCAGUUUGGUAAUUUGAAAAGGAGCAGAAGAGCCACGAUGACUAGAAGGAUAGUCUAGAUCAGGUGGAAGAAAGGAACACUCUGUACUAAACUGUGGCGAGGCUGGGGGUGGUACCUCUCAAGUAGUCUGUAUACAGCAUGGUUACAUAAUAACGUUUGCUACAGUGGGGAACCAGAGGGGGGAGCAGGAAUUUCCAAAAUGUUUUACGUUGCCACUGGACUUCUCAAGAACCAACCGACAACGCAAGUGUGAGCUUUGUAAAAUACAAAGGUGACUAUUAUGUCAGUACAGAGACAAACUUCAUGCACAAAGUGAACCCAGAGAAUCUAGAAACAUUGGAAAAGGUGGACUGGAGCAAGUUUAUUGCUGUAAAUGGAGCCACUGCCCACCCACACUAUGACCCUGACGGUACAACCUACAACAUGGGCAACUCCUAUGGAAGCAAAGGGGCCCUGUACAACAUCAUCAGAGUUCCUCCUGAGAAGACAGAUGCCAAAGACACCCUACAAGGGGCCAAAAUACUCUGUUCUAUUGUGCCUGCAAACAAGUCCCAUCCCUCCUACUACCACAGCUUUGCCAUGUCUGAGAACUACGUGGUGUUCAUUGAGCAGCCAAUUAAGAUGGACCUGCUGAAGAUAGUGACAUGUAAGCUGAGGGGGAAGGCUUUGAGCGAGGGCAUCUACUGGGAUCCCAAGCUGGAAACUGUCUUCCAUCUUGUUGACAAGCGUACAGGCGAGGUCAGCUCAGUGAAGUACCACACCAAAGCCAUCUCCACCUUCCAUCAGAUCAACGCCUUUGAGGAGGAGGGAUUCCUGAUGCUUGACAUGUGCUGCUCAGAUGACGGCCAAGCCAUCAACAACUACCUCAUCCAGAACUUGCGGAAGUCAGGAGACGCACUAGAUGCGGUGUACAACACCAUGUGCAGGGUUUUCCCCCGGCGUUUUGUUUUGCCCCUUAAUGUGGCCAGUGAAACGCCAACAGGCCAGAACCUGAACACACGGCUCUCCAGCACAGCAACGUGUGUCAAAGUCAGCAAAGAUAAGGUGUUCUGCCAGCACGAGGAUCUCCAUGGAGAUGACCUCCAUGAGUACGGUGGCCUGGAGUUCCCUCAGGUCAAUUAUGGCAGAUAUAACACACGACCAUACCGUUAUUUCUACGGCUGCGGCUUCAGACACCUGGUGGGAGACUCUCUGCUCAAGAUGGACCUGAAGGACAAGACGCUCAAGGUCUGGUGCCAGAAGGGUUUCUACCCGUCCGAGCCUGUGUUUGUGCCGUCACCUGAUGCCGUGGACGAGGAUGAUGGUGUCAUCCUCUCUGUGGUUCUCACCCCCUCACAGGAUAAAGGAACAUUCCUCCUGGUUUUGGAUGCAAGGACGUUUGAAGAGCUGGGAAGAGCCAAUGUGCCUGUUAACAUGCCUUAUGGCUUCCAUGGUACCUUUAAUGCCUCUGUGUAAAUCUAAUUCUGUUACAUUUGAAGUGUUUCUGAUAUAUAACAGAAUACAAGAACACUAGAUGCCGUGUUAAUCCUUAGAACCACUAUAUUCCUGAUGGUACAGAGUUCCUCUUGCACUGUAUGCUAAAGAUGGAACCAGUGUUCUGCUACUGACUGAAUGGUACUUUUCUAAACUGAUUUCUGAUAUGUAGUAACCUCUAACCGCUGUGUUUUAGCACUUAAUUAGCUCAAAGUUACUCAUGUUAUUAUUAUCAAUUAUUUUCCAUUUGUAUCAACCUGAAACUGUCAUACAUGAGUUAUUAUACUGUAGGAAUCAAACCUGUUGUAUUCAGGUUGAAGGAUGCUCCAACUAUCAUUCCACUCAAGUGCCAAAUGAAAAUUUCUUUUGUACUCUUUUUUUAAUUGUUACUAUUUCUUGGACAAUAUUUUUUUAAAGGGUGGAUGACUUUUAUACACUACAUUUUUACCUUUGUGAACUAUCAAGUAUGUUUAUGGAGCUGUGCUUUGUCUAUGCAUCCUUAAUACACAGAAUCUUUGCCAAGGUCAAGUUCAGAAAUAUGCCCACCUGCAAACACAGUUGUUUCAUACGCUGACAGGAUUUUAGAAGAAAUGUAGGUUUAUUAUUAACUUGCAUCAGUUUAUUAAACAGAGUUUUUGUAGAUAUGAAUUCUAUUUUCCCAUGUUAUUUUUGACACAAAAAUUUGCAUUUUUUUAUAUUUAAAAAAUUGGAAAUGAUACAUCAUUUCAAGCUAAAGUGACAAACCUCUCCACAGAUGUAAAACCUUAGCAUAGACCUGCUUCCUUGCUCUUAUAGUCUUUCUUCUAUGGCCUUACCUUCUUCAUCCUCCUUCUCAGUACCUUCUCUGUGAUUGUUGCUGAAUUUUCAUUUUCAUUUUUUUCAAUUACAAUCUUUUUCUUUCCCUGUAAUCGUCACAGCAAAAAAGGCCAUAAAAUUCAAUUUCACAUUAUUUUUAGUUAGAUUUGUCUUACAAAAUGAGUCUGUGAAAUGCUCAGAGCAAAUAUUUGUGAUUUCAUGUUGGUGUCAAAGGUUAAGUAUUAAAGCACAUGUGAGGAAUUGUUCUGUUUCACAACAUGGAUAUAUCUGUAGUGAGCCUCGAAAUGCGCAGGAGAUGAUGAAUCAGUCUAAAUAUUGUUAACUUUUAAUACUAACAGUGGUCACUUGCCAGUAUACUGUAAUGCACACAUGGAAACUGCUUAGGUACUUAAGUGCACUCAUUACACAACAAUUUAUUAGUAAAAUGUAAGAGUCUCCAUGAAAUGUUUGUAUUCUUUCAAAAGCUGAUUAUUUUAAACUGUUGACUUCAGUGCUGCACUUGUUUUAUUUGAUGCCAAGCCAAAAAAAACAUGCUAAAGCAAAUGCUAAAUGGCUGAGUCAUUUGGCUCAGGUUUUAUGUCUGCUGCAAGAAAGCCAGACAUUAUCCACCAGAGGGCAGCACGUGAUGCCAUUUGCUGUAAGUACAUUCACUGCAUCUAAAAUCAGGACCAGGAGUCACCACCAGACCAGGGGUUGAUGAUUAAAAAUUUCCAGGAAUGAAAAUAAA